UUCUGGGGGAGCUGGAGGAGGGAUGCUGUGAAGAUGCCCUGGAUGUAAGGUAGGACUGCUGCACAAGGACUUGGAUUUGCUUUCCAAUGGGAAUUAGUUCCUCAUGUUGCAGCAGAAUGUCCCAAAGUAGUUUGUGGUUGCAGAGCUCAAACCUGUCUCCUCCUUCCCCGUGUCUGGGGUGAGUUUGGGAACCAAGACUUACUGCAAGGAAUGGAUGACUGGAAGAACUGUGAUCCCAUUAGCAUUCCCCACUGCUCUUUAGUGACUCCUCUCCCACUGAGGACACAGACAGAAGGUGGGAAGGAUCACCAUCACUUCUGGAUACAGCACAAAACCACACAGGACAGGACUGCUGGAAUUCUGCCCGUCCCUGAGACUAUUCCUCCAUGCCCCAGCAGUGUGUGCGUGCUGUGGAGCCUGGCACCCGGGCCAGCUGCCCUGGCAGAGCUCUGGAGCGUGCUGUGCCCCAGGGGAGGGACCAGCUGCUCUUGGCUCAGCCCAGCCUGGGCAUCACACCCUCCCACUCCAUGUGUGGCCACGGGGGCCCUGGGCACCUGCCAUCUGUUAAACCGGUGCCUUGCGCUGGCUGCAGCAGAAGCAGCUGUGAUGCAGGGAGUGAAGAACUGGGGUUUUCUGCAAGGAAAAUUCCAAAACCAGAGAGCCCUGUGGCAAUAAAUACCAAGCCCUGCAUUUUCACUGAGGGUUAUGAAUAAAAGAGCACAUUCCCAGCACAGGGAGUGUGGGGAAAGUGGAGCCACUACUCAGGACAACUGACUUUGCACGUUACUUUUGCUGAUGAGAGAUUCGGAGCUGGUGAACUCAGUGUUAAUGUUGUCCUGAGGAUACAGCAGCCCAAAGUGUCUCCCCAUCUCCAGAUGCACCACAAAUUCGCUCUUCUCCUCCAAACAAAUGUUUAACCGGAUGCUGUAGGUCAAUAUUUGCCUGCCAGGUUCUCAAACAGGGGGUGGUGCCGAAGGUCGCUGCCGCGGUGGGCUGGACAAGAGCUGUGUGCCCCAGGCAGAGCUGUCAGCUGGGCUAAAGCAGGUGCCAGCUCCAACAUGGACAUGAACAAGCUCAGAAAUAUGGUGUUCCUCUGGGGUCUGCUCUGCCUAUCUGCUCUGCACAGCCUCCUAAGGUUUUCUUUGGUACAUGCCAUUGACCAACAGCGUCUCUUCCUAGACAAAGAUGGGAAGCUGAAGGAUGUGAAAAGUGCUGGAAUUGUACAGUCUGAUCUGCUGAGACCCAACCCAACCCUGCCAGAUGCAGAGCUGGUAGAAUUUACUUAUGACAGCUCCCAGGAGAUUGGUGGACCCAUGUCACCAUUUGCCACCAACCUUCCAGACACAAGGGAUGACGGGAACCUAGAAGAUGAACCCAUAGCUGGGGCUGGGGGCUGUCAUGAAAACAAACUACCUGGGGAAGUUGCCUCUCCUGAAGAAGGAGAGGCUGAAGAUAAAAGCUGUGAGAUGACUUGGAAGAAAAGCCAGAGGCUGGCAGAUGGCUUGGUGAGAUUCAGCAUCGAUCUCCUGAGAGAGGUCCAGCUGGAAUCCAACAGAACCAAUGUGAUCCUGUCGCCCCUCAGCAUCGCUCUCGCCUUGUCUCACCUGGCACUUGGAGCAGCAGAUCAGACAGAGAAGCAUUUGCUGGAGGUGAUGCACCUGGAGUCUGUGCCCUGUCUCCACCACAUGCUGGGCACCCUUCGCAGAAGGCUCAGCGAGUCCACCCUCAGCCUGGCAUCACGUCUGUACCUGCAGAAAGGAUUUGAGGUGAAAGAGAAGUUCCUGGAGGAUUCAGAGAAGUUCUAUGGAGCAAAGCCCAUGACCCUUUCUGGGAUCAGUGAGAAUGACCUUGUAGCCAUAAACAACUGGAUAAAGGAAGCGACUCGUGGGCAAAUACCCACCUUCCUACAGCAGCUCCCUGAAAACACGGUGAUGCUCUUGCUCAAUGCAAUCCAUUUCCAUGGGUUUUGGAGGAAUAAGUUUAAUGCUAGCUUGACUGAGACAGAUGUAUUCCACCUUGACAAUAAGUUUGUGGUCCCAGUUGAGAUGAUGAAAGCCCACCAGUACCCCCUGAGCUGGUUUACACUGGAGUCCCAGGACAUUCAGGUGGCCAAGUUUCCCUUUAAGAGUAAUGUGAGUUUUGUGGUCAUUGUACCAAACCAGUAUACUCGGAAUCCCUCUCAUGUGCUGGAGAACUUCCCUUACAAACAACUAUGCAGGCUUUUCCCCAGAGAGGUGCCCACCACAGUGAAGAUCCCAAAAAUAAAAUUGGACUACCAGCUGGAACUCAACCAGGUUCUCAGUCAAAUGGGCCUCCAGGAGCUGUUCACAAGCCCAAAUCUGCAGAAGAUCACAGAUGAGCCUCUCUUUGUGUCCAGUGUGCAGCACCAGUCCACCAUGGAGCUUAAAGAGGAUGGGGUGGAAGCAUCUGCUGCAACCAGCGUCAUGCUGUCCCGCUCGGUCUCUGUCUUCAGCCUCGACCGGCCCUUUGUCUUCAUUAUCUUUGAGGAUGAAACGGGCAUCCCGCUUUUCAUAGGCAGUGUCCAGAACCCCAACCCCAGUGCUGCUCCCCAGAUCCAAGAGCCACGGGACUCACGUGAAGCCACAGAUGCCAAUAAGUACCACGUGCCCAAAUAAGAGAGGAGUAGAACCUAAGUGUUCUGGGACUGCGACCUGACCCUCUGGACCAGCUGAGAGAGGCCUCCUGCCCUCAGAGACCUCCCUCUGAGGCCAUGGGGGGCAAUUCCUUACUAUUUUCCUUUACAGAUCCCUAGAGACCAGUCCUGGGAUAGCCCAUUCCAGCCCUGACAGGCUUCUCCAGGCUGAGGUUCCCCUCUGUUGAACCUGAAAAGCUUGCUUUGCCUGGAUUUCCCUUCCAGGGCUCUCAGUCAUGGAAGGGAGACUUUCUUGUCCCCAGACUGUUAUUAGAGUCUUUAUUAAGAUCUUAUUAGAGUCCCCCAUAGCCUGGAAUCAUCAUUAGCAUCUGGCAGCUUGGACAACAGCCAGAGAUAUAUUAAUAUGGCUCUUCCUUCCGCAGUUCCUGGGAACAUGUCUCCCUCAAUGUUCCUCUGAAAACCAUCUGUGCCCACCUAGAAAAUGACCUCUAGAGCAACUGGACUAGUAACCAGUUGUCUUCUCUAGGAUGAGUCACAGCCACUUCCAGGCACAGGCUCUUUUAAAAGAUUCCCUUUUCCCACUCCUUGGCAAUUUGGAUUUGAUGUAGGAGGCUCUGCAGUGGGAAACCACUUUGGAUCCUUAUCUGCAGCCCUUUUCCGGGAAACUCUAGAGGUUGGGUAAUGCUAGAUUUUUCAAGACAUAUUUUAUAAAGUGUUUUUUAGUAAUUUUUAUGUUGGCAGAAUAAUAAAGAAUAAAGCAGAAUAUAUUUGCUGAA